AUGGCAGAGCCGUCAGCGGCCACUCAGUCUCCGUCCGUUUCCUCGUCUUCUUCUGGGGCCGAACCCUCCGCGCCCGGCAGCGGCGGGAGCCCGGGAGCCUGCCCCGCCCUGGGGCCGAAGAGCUGCGGCUCCUCCUGUGCCGAGACAUUUAGCUCUCUUUGCUCUGAUGUGGCACCUUCAGAAAUUAUGACUUCCUCCUUUAUUGCAGCUUCUGAAAUCUGUAACACUGCCUUUACAGCACUACAUGGAGGAAAAAACCAAAUGUUAGGCAGCCAACCUGUUGUAGCCCAAGAAGGAAAAGACUGUACAACUCUUCAAGAUGCAACAAAGAUGGAGAAGCCUCAGGACCCAGGGAAGGCUGUGGCCACCUCUCCAGUGUCUGUGGAAGCAGGAGCUCCUUGGAACCGCCCUUCCAUUCCAACCAGUUUCCCAGAGCACCCGGCUCCUCUCUCAAAGGAGGUUGAUCCAAUGGAAAUACGUAAAGACCAAGAGUCCAGGAACCCUACCGAGGUCCCAGGUAGGGAUGCUAAAGCUGCCGUGGAUGCUGAGGGCAGGUUCACUUUGCUAACAGCCCAGAAACCACCCACCCAGCCAGCUAAGGCAGAAGACAUUUGUACCUAUUCCAUAUCCCCAACCAAAGUUUUGGGAGGUGGUACUGUUGAAAAAGAUUCCCCCGAAUCACCGUUUGAAGUAAUCAUUGACAAAGCAGCGUUUGACAGAGAGUUUAAGGACUCGUAUGAGGCGGGCACAAAUGAUUUUGGUAGCUGGACAACACCCCCUGAUGGCGAAUCUGCUGCAGACCUUAGCGAGACUGAUGACAAAGUGUUUCCACUGAGAAGUAAGGAAGGAGGGCGCUACCCAGCCUCUGCUCUGCUCACUCGGCAGUUUUCACACACGACUGCAGCUCUGGAAGAGGUGUCUAGAUGUGUGAGUGACAUGCACAACUUCACUAAUGAAAUACUAACUUGGGAUUUAGUUCCCCAAGUGAAACAAGACUACGUGACCAAAACUGCAGGACUUGACAUGGGAGACCGUAAUUCAGAAAUCCCAGUUGUAAAUCUUAAAACUAAUGCUUGUCAGAAAAUUUCCAUAUGUUCUGUUAAUGGGAACAGUCCCAUCACUAAGUCAGCAGGUGAUUGGGCAGAAGCCCCUUUCCCACAAGACAAAGCCGAUGCGGACUCUCCUGACUCCCUGGAGGGAGGCAGCAUGACAGACACACAGGACAGGGUGCAGAAACGAGGUGACACGCUCUCAGACUUACCUGGAUCUCAGUUGCAGAAAUGUGUGUCUUUGGACUCUGGAGUGGCCACAAUGAAAAUGGCUCUGCCUGAUGACCACCUGAAAGAUGAAAUGAACUGGCAGAACUCUGUGUUGGGAGAAAUGACAGAGGCUGAUAGCUCUGGUGAAUCUGAUGACACAGUAAUAGAGGACAUCACAGCAGAUAAGUCAUUUGAAAGUAACAAAAUUGAUGCUGAAAAGCCUGUUUCCAGUCCAAGUGCUACUGUAAACACAAAUGAAAGAGAAAUCAAAGACAUUCCCAAUUGUAACAGAGAAAACAAAACACGUGAAAACCUUGAAGAGUCCACCAGUGACGCAGAGCCAGCACAAGUUCAUCCUGAUAGGCUUGGAGGGCGUCCAGCUGGUGAGGUGGCUGGUGCGCAGCUGGCUGGUGUGAACGUGGCCCUGGGAGGCGUGGCGCAGUCCGGUGGUCUGAGAGAAGCUGCUCCGGGAGAGCCGGUCGCAUCCCAGGGUAACAAGGCAGAGUGCUCGCUCAGGGUGGCAGCUCCUGUCCGUUUGGAUACGUCAUGUGGGAAAAGUGUUGUUAAAGACACAGACGACUCCUCCCCAGAAGACCUGAUAGCAGCCUUUACAGAAACCAGUGAGAAAGGUCUAGUGGUUAAAGAUGGAGGAGGUGCCUUUGAGGCAAUACCAGAGCAGACAGACCUCCGAACAGCCCUUCCGGUAGAAGUCUUACAUGAAAGUGAAGCUGGUAGUUCUGAAGUUAAAGGCAUCAGAAGCAAAUUCACUGAACAAAGCAAAGAAACCCAUGGAAGCGAGCGUCCCUUUUUCCCUAUGCAAGGUUCUCCAGCGGCAUCUCUUGACUUAGAACAGGAACAGCUGACAAUCAGAGCCCUUAAGGAAUUAGGUGAGAGACAGGUCAAGGAGUCCGCUUCUGCACAGAAUAAAGUGGAGUCUCCUUCCGUGCAAGUACCCAAGCAAACGUUCACGUUUAUUCCAGAACCUUCUCAGCCACAGAGAUCGUGUGACAUCCUAGAACAUACGAAUGACAAGACAGAACCUGAUCUUGGGAAUUCCGAACAGCCUGCCGUUGUCAGAGAAACUACUGGGGUAGAUGUGAUUUCCAGCCUUAGCAAGACUGAACUGGCAAACAAGCUUGUCCUAGCAGGACUUCUGGCAAACUUCUCAGUGCACGACCUGAUUUUCUGGCGAGAUGUGAAGAAAACAGGAUUUGUCUUUGGCACCACCUUGAUCGUGCUGCUCUCACUGGCCGCCUUCAGUGUCAUCAGCGUGGUUUCUUACCUCAUCCUGGCUCUUCUCUCUGUCACCAUCAGCUUCAGGGUCUACAGGUCUGUCAUCCAAGCCGUACAGAAAUCAGAAGAAGGACAUCCAUUCAAAGCCUACUUGGAUGUUGACAUGACCCUGUCUUCUGAAGCUUUCCACAACUACGUGAAUGCCGCUAUGGUGCACAUCAACAGGGCCCUGAAACUCAUUAUCCGUCUGUUUCUGGUGGAAGAUCUGGUUGACUCCUUGAAGCUGGCUGUCUUCAUGUGGCUGAUGACUUACGUUGGUGCAGUUUUCAAUGGGAUCACCCUUCUGAUUCUGGCUGAACUGCUCGUUUUCAGCGUUCCCAUUGUCUAUGAGAAGUACAAGACCCAGAUCGAUCACUACGUGGGCCUCGCCCGGGAGCAGACCAAGGCGGUUGUUGAAAAGAUCCAAGCAAAACUCCCUGGAAUCGCCAAAAAAAAGGCAGAAUAA